AUGGCUCGUACCAAGCAAACAGCACGAAAAUCCACCGGAGGCAAGGCCCCAAGGAAGCAAUUAGCCACUAAGGCAGCCAGGAAAUCAGCUCCAGCCACCGGAGGAGUGAAGAAGCCUCACCGUUUUAGGCCCGGAACAGUGGCUUUGAGAGAAAUCAGGAAGUACCAGAAGAGUACUGAGCUAUUGAUAAGGAAACUGCCAUUUCAAAGGCUGGUGAGGGAAAUAGCUCAAGAUUUUAAGACAGAUUUGAGGUUUCAAAGCAGCGCAGUAGCAGCACUUCAAGAGGCUGCAGAGGCAUACCUUGUUGGGUUGUUUGAGGACACCAACUUGUGUGCUAUUCAUGCUAAGAGGGUUACUAUCAUGCCUAAAGAUAUCCAAUUGGCUCGUUAUUCUGGACUUCGAUGUUGUAAACCAAGUGGUUGCCUUCUUGCUCUGGUGAAACUAUUGCCAAUACCAGAGGCACCAGAUGCGUUAAUCCAAGCAUAUAGGUGGAUCCAUGCCAGUGGUCGAUUGGGUAUUCUGAAUAUUUAUAAAUUUCAAGUUGAUAAAUGUUCAUUGCCCUCCUCUGGCUUGGCUGUAAGUGAAUCUCACCCACCCAAAAUUGCAUUAUUUGUUAGUAGGAAUGGGUCCAAAGCUUCAGCUGAUCUGCUAUUCUUUAGAACACCAUCAUGGCUAGUGACUUGUUCAGCAAGAUGUCUCGACUGA